AUGCCGGUACCGUCUCGAGAGUUUCUGUUGAUUAUCUUGUGGAACCAAUCGCUACAUCCAAAAAUAUUUCUACGGAAGCUGCCGCAAUGGGGCAUUCCGUCUCAGCGUGACCAUAAAAGCUGGCCUAA